AUGACAGGUCUUUCCUUCUCGCAUGACAUGUUCGCCUGUCUUGAUGGCCAAAAUAUGCCUAGUCUUCUACUUGGGCUUUCAGGGGGAUCUGCUGACAUUGGACCAUCUAACCAAGCCAGUUGGCUAACAGGCUUAUCAGGUUCCACGGCAGCCUCUGUUUGGGGUGCUGGUGGUGGGUUCUCCGGCUUAAUCGGCACUGGAACUCCGCAACUCGUUGCCGCAGCUGGGUCUUGUCUCCAUUGGCAGACACGAUGUGCUCUUAAUGCCUCCAAAAAUUUUGCCAUCUCUGAAUUAAAUUUAAAAUCGGCUGAAAUAAGUCAUUCAGAACCUCCUAUCACUGACAGCCGCGUUGAUUUUGCAGAUGGCCCGGGGAUAGGCUGCUUUUACCUAUUCAAGACCUGCGUAGAUGCUCUCCUGGAAUUACCUGUCACCUCAUCUGUUACGCCCGAAACCAGAAACAUGCUGGUGAGGAGGCACACGAUAGUUUUAUUAUAA